UUAAACGCAGUCGAACAUUAUCGUUGCAGUCUCGGUGGUAUUUUCGUAACUAAAUAUGGAUCAAGAUAAUUGUUCUGUCACAUGUUCCGUAACAGCAGAAUGGACUAACUCACAAGGUUCGAUACAAAAGAAAACAAAUCAUCGAUUGGCAACUAUACGCUUAAUUCGUAAUAAUUUUCGCGAAAUGUUUGUCGAAGUACGAGCAGAUAAAGGGAGUCUAACGACGAAGCUUUUGUUGAAAUCAAUAUCUGUUUUUAACAAAUUUAUAAGCGACGGAAAAGCCACGAUAAAAUUCAAAGAGGAAAACUGUACACUGUUCUUAUCGAAUGCACCAACUGCACAACUAAUUAGCUUCUUGAAGACAAUAUACAUCAAGAUAACAAACCAAACAGAACAAACUGGCAAAAAUCUAUUAAAGGAAAGACUGCUUUCGAACAAGUCACUGGGCGGUCUUCAAGAAAUCAGUCCCGCAACAAGCACUGAAGUAAAUAAAGCCAAAGAAAAGGCUCUCCAGAUAUCCCGUGCAUCGAUUACUACACCGUCACCUGGAGCUGUGAAGAAGAGGAAACGUACAGACGAAAAUGGAACGAAACCCGUCAUUGCGAAGAAACUUUACGAAAAUCCGACAACCACUCAAAUUACGGAAGAACAAAGCAAAAUUCUAAAUGCAGUGCUUAGUGGUAAAAAUAUAUUUUUUACUGGCAGUGCAGGAACCGGGAAAUCGUUCCUGUUGAAGAGAAUUAUAGCAGUUCUACCUCCUGACGUGACAGUGGCCACAGCAAGUACCGGAGUAGCGGCGUGUCACAUAGGCGGUAUUACUUUGCAUCAGUUUGCAGGAAUUGGACUGGGAACCGCGAACUUGGAAAGGUGUUUUCAAAUGGCUUCACGAAAUGCUUCUACAAGCUUGUGGAGGAAAACAAAACACUUAAUUAUUGAUGAAAUUUCCAUGGUAGAUGCAGAUUAUUUUGAUAAACUUGAAGCUGUUGCUAGGCAUACUCGUAGAAAUGAAAGACCAUUUGGUGGGAUGCAAAUAAUUUUGUGUGGAGAUUUCUUUCAAUUACCACCUGUCUCUUCACGAGAUAAGAAAGCAAAAUUUUGUUUUCAAAGCGAUGCAUGGGAGAAAUGUGUACAUUUCAAUUAUGAAUUACGAACAGUACAUAGGCAAAAAGAUCCUGAUUUUGUGAAUAUAUUAAAUAAUAUAAGAAUAGGUAGAGUUACAGAUAGCAUUGCAGAAACUCUUAAAGCAACAGCUAAACAAAAAAUAGAAAACAAUGGAAUUUUGGCAACAAGGCUCUGUUCUCAUGUGAGGGAAGCUGAAGAAAUUAAUGAAUUUCAACUAAAUGAACUAAAGAGUGAAUCCAAAGUAUAUGUAGCUCAGGACUCUGAUCCAUCUAUGACAUCAACCAUGGAUAAUCAGUUACCUGUUCCUGGCAAACUUGUAUUAAAAGUAGGUGCUCAGGUCAUGUUGUUGAAAAAUAUAAAUGUUUCCAAUGGUUUGGUAAAUGGAGCAAGGGGUGUGAUUAUUAAGUUUGAAGAUAAUGUGCCCAUAGUUCAAUUCAAGUCAGGUUUCCAAUAUCGUGCAAAGCUACAGAAAUGGAGCUUCAAGACAAAUUUAGGUACCAUUCUUCAUAGGAAACAAUUCCCAUUCAAGUUAGCAUGGGCCUUUUCGAUUCAUAAAAGUCAGGGUUUAACUUUAGACUGUGUUGAAAUGUGUCUGGCCAGAGUUUUUGAUGCUGGUCAGUCAUAUGUAGCAUUGUCCAGGGCACAAAGUUUACAAUCUUUACGUGUCCUAGAUUUCAAUACUCAACAGGUGUGGGCCCAUUCAGAUGUACUUAUUUUCUAUAAAAAAUUUAGACGAAAUUUGCAAGAAAUGGAGAUGAUUCCCCUGGGGAAGAAAAAAAAGAUAUAAGUGUAUUUUUAGGUCCAAAAUUGUCUAGGAAUUUCAAUUUGAAGUAUUACUAAAAUAACACUAUACAAAAUAUUUUUUAGACUAACAUAAUUGUGUGUGUGUGUGUAUGGACAUAUACAUAAAUUACAAAUCGACUUAUUUUCGGCCCGUAACCUAUGAUUAACUUGCUCUCAAGUAGAUUAAAAUUUAUU